AUGUAUCGGCAUGGUGAUCGCGCUCCAGAGGUACUAUAUCCGACGGAUCCAAAUCCAGCAUCUGUUUGGCCACUAGGUUUAGGAUCCUUAACUUGGCAAGGUAAAAGAGAACAUUAUUCAUUAGGAAAACUUUUUCGAGAAAUGUAUCGUGGUUUCUUGACUACCAAGCCAACCGAGGUCGAUGCUGUGAGUACCGAUGUCGAUCGUUGUUUGGAGAGUGCAGAGGCAAAUUUUGCAUCAUUCUUCGCUCCCACUCCGGAAUGGAAAUUUGAGAAUGAUUUGAAUUGGCAACCCAUACCUAUAACUUCAAUUCCUAUGGCUUUAGAUAAAUUUUUAGGAAGCACAUAUUGUCCUGCAUUUCAAAGAGAAGUAAACAGGCAACUGAACACUCCGUCUAAUAAAGAAUUUAACGCUAAACAUAAAGAAUUGUAUAAAUAUCUAACGAUACAAACACAAGCCUACGUAACUGAAUAUCUCACAGCCCAUGAACUUUACGACAUCUUGUUUAUUGAGAAAAAAUACAACUUAAAGAUUCCAAGUUGGGUACCUCCAAUAUUUGAUGAACUGACAGAUGUAGCAGUUAACACCUAUCCCUUAAUUUAUAAUUCAACUGCUAUUCAAAGACUGAGAGCAGGUCCAGUUCUUGGUCUAAUGAACGAAGUAUUCAACGUUAAAGUAAACAACCAAGCUCCAGAACUGAAAUUUCGAACGUAUUCCACACACGAUGGUAACAUUGCUGCGGUUUUGGGUGCUUUAAACAAUCUCCGCCCUGAGAUCAUACAUUAUUGUGCAACUAUCAUAUUUGAGAUGUACUCUGGAUCAGGCGGCAAUUAUUUCAUUCGAAUUCUUUACUUGAAUACACCAUAUGAGGACAAGUCCAAUCAAACUCCUAGGGUAUUAAUCUUACCUGGUUGUGAAGAAUACUGCCCUUACGAGAAGUAUUUGAAGUACACAAGCACUUAUGCCCAUAUUGAUUAUGAUGGAGAAUGUAACCUCGAUUCAAAUGAAGAAGAAGACAUUAAAGAUUCGCUCGAUGUUAGUUGAGGAUGUGCAUGUUUUUAAUGCUAUUUGAAACAAGUAUGCCACUGGUUUCAAAUAAUUUCAACUAAUUCACUUGUACCUUCUUCUGUGUAGCAUUCAUUAUGUAAUGAUAAGGU